AAGGGAGAUACAAAUUUUCUGUUCACUCUUCAUCGGUAAUUGCAGAUCAACUGAGUUCUAGAGAGAGAAACAGAAUUCUAGAGAAAGAUGGUGGAAGAAAUAAUGAAAUCGGAGGAGCAGAAGUUGAUCGAUGUCAACAAGCACAGAGGUGUUCGAUCAGACGGAGAAGAAGAUGAACAACUGGAAGAGGGAGAGAUUGUCGGUGGCGACGCGGAUACCCUAUCGUCUUCCUCUUCUUCCAGGCCUGGUACGGCCAUAGCUCAGCAUCCGCUCGAGCAUUCUUGGACUUUCUGGUUCGAUACUCCCUCUGCUAAGUCCAAGCAAGUCGCUUGGGGUAGUUCCAUGCGCCCUAUCUACACUUUCUCCUCCGUUGAAGAGUUCUGGAGUCUUUACAACAACAUACAUCGACCAAGCAAGUUGGCUCAAGGAGCUGACUUCUAUUGUUUCAAGAAUAAAAUCGAGCCUAAGUGGGAAGACCCUGUUUGUGCUAAUGGUGGAAAGUGGACUAUGACCUUUACCAAAGCAAAAUCCGACACCUGUUGGCUGUAUACGUUGCUAGCAAUGAUUGGAGAACAGUUUGAUCAUGGAGAUGAUAUAUGUGGAGCAGUUGUAAAUGUUAGAGCAAGGCAAGAAAAAAUAGCUUUGUGGACCAAAAAUGCUGCGAAUGAGAGUGCUCAGCUAAGCAUUGGGAAACAAUGGAAGGAGUUUAUUGAUUACAAUGAUACCAUAGGCUUUAUAUUUCAUGAAGACGCGAAGACUCUUGAUAGAAGUGCUAAAAACAAAUACACAGUAUGAGGUGUGGUUAUGUUUGCUUAGUGCCUAAUAUGGAAUGAAUAUCUUUUGUAUUGAUGAAUCUUGACUAUUUUCAUUCCCGAUUUAUGCUACAAUUCUGCAAGGAGUUUAUUCUAUCCUACUGUUAGUUUUUUUUGGGUGUUAUGAUAUUAAAAGAAAAGAUUUGUAGUGAUGAGGAGUUUGAACAUUUGGGAAUUGAAAUGAGUAACAAAAACUUGUAGCAA